CGGCCGCGGGCGCUGCUCCGCUCCCGCCGCCGCUGCUGCCGCCGCCGCCCCGGUACCGCUCCCUACCCCCAGCCCCGGCCCCGGCCCGACCCCGCGGCGAUGUCCGAGCGGCAGCGGCCCCGGCGCGGCCCCAGCCGGCUCUCGGGGCGCUGCGCCGGGCCCUGAGCGCCCGCGGCCCCGCAGAGCCGCGGCCGGCGAGGCCCGGAGCGCCCGGCCGAGGAUGGGGAUCCUCUUCACCAGGAUAUGGAGGCUCUUCAACCACCAGGAGCACAAGGUGAUCAUUGUGGGGCUGGACAAUGCAGGGAAGACGACCAUUCUGUACCAAUUCUCCAUGAACGAGGUGGUUCACACCUCUCCCACCAUCGGCAGCAACGUGGAGGAGAUCGUGGUGAACAACACGCGCUUCCUGAUGUGGGACAUCGGGGGCCAGGAGUCCCUGCGCUCCUCCUGGAACACCUACUACACCAACACCGAGUUUGUGAUAGUCGUGGUGGACAGCACAGACAGAGAGAGAAUUUCUGUGACUAAAGAAGAGCUGUACAAAAUGUUAGCACACGAGGACCUGAAGAAAGCAGGGUUGCUGAUCUUUGCUAACAAGCAGGACGUGAAGGAGUGCAUGACAGUAGCUGAGAUCUCCCAGUUCCUGAAGCUGACUUCAAUUAAGGAUCACCAGUGGCACAUUCAGGCCUGCUGUGCUCUCACUGGAGAGGGACUGUGCCAAGGCCUGGAGUGGAUGAUGUCCCGCCUGAAGAUCAGAUGAUUUUUGCUGACCUCUUUGCACAGACAUUGCUGCAGCAGAGCUGUUCCAGUGGCAGAUUGGUGGGGUGGAUGUAUUUAUACCGAACUGAUGGCAACUGUAUUUUCUAAUAGCUGCACACACACACAGGGACAGGAGCUGGGAGCAGGCACCAGAGCAGAGCAGCGCUGCGGGCUCCGCUUGGGUCGGGUUCCUCGAAGCUGUGACCAACCUUCUUUUGGAGCUGCCCUCGGAGCAGUCCGGCCUUGGGCGUGGGGAGGAUGAAGAAAAAGGAAGGAGCUUUGAAUUUAGAGUUUUGUUAUCCCCUCGUAGCCCUCUCUAGUGGAAGUUGUUGGCUUCGUUGUUGCAGUAAACCAGCGAGCGAAUCAGCGGCGUAGGUAUCGACUCCAGUAUUCCUAAGGUUGCCGAUGUUACAAAUGCAAAACUCUUCUCCUGUAUGUGUACUGUACAUAUUUGUGUAUAUUUAUACCUCAAUCCUAGGUUAAUUAAUCCAGGCAAUCUGCUCAGACCAGUAUGAAGCUGAAUCAGUAUGUUGGCAGCAGUACUAAUCUGUGACACGGCCGCUGUCACCGGCCCCGUCCCUCUGUGUCCGUGUAACGUCAAUCACACGCUGGCUCUCCACACCCUGACACACAAACCCUCUCCUCAGCCCAGCGCUUGUUUUUCCACACGAUUUUUUCAUUAGGGAGGAGGCUGGAAUGGAUUGAGGCACAUGGGUUGAGCGUCCAAUUCCAGGGUUGGCAAACAGAACAAAUUUGCCAAAGAGUUUCAAAUGAAACGGAUUUUCCUCUUUUGUUGUGGUCCUCAUUGGAUUGGGUGAUGCUGCAGGUCCUGCCCCCUGCUCUCCUCUGCUCUGCUGGUUGAUUCAGGUCUGGCAGAAGUACCUUUAGCUGUCAGAAAGGGAAAAGUAUCUUUUUUUUUCUUAACCAAAGAAGAGGCACAAAAGUAGGUUUGAAAGUGUCACUGGAAUUGUACAAGUCAGACUCUAAUGAAGCAUUUUUCAGAGGGAAAACUCUCUUUGCUACAUAAAAUGUACAGAUAUUAAAAUGUGCAGAUAUUAAAAUGU